UAAGACCUUUGAGGCGAAGGAUGGCACCCGCCGCAUUCGUGGCAAUGUGCACCUGACGAUUCAACGCGCCCCCACGGCGACGCGAAAGGAUCAGCUCGAUUCAAACUUUCUUGUGGAUCAGCUUCCGGAACGGGUGGAUGUGGACUUCAGCGCCCACACAGUGCUUGCGACACAGCAGCGGCAAAAACUCCGCGCCUACCGUGGACGCUACGGGAAGGAGGUGCAGCAGGCAGCGAAGAAUUUUUACCGCGAGGAUCCCGCAACUGCGGUGGUGCUCGACACGCUGGAUGAGUUCCUAUUGAAAUACCUUCUAAGUGUGCUGAAGCACGUGCUUGGCAUUGGGAAAGAACGGAAAUACACGACGGCAGCCGUUCGCCUUGACUUGUUACGCGCCCAACGGAAGAAGAAUAAGAAUAGGAAAGGGGAAAACAGCUGCCAAGACGAAGAUGAUGAUGAUGAUGAUUUACCAGAGGAACUGCGGGAACGUGGCGGAAAGGAGGAGAAUGAGGAGGAGGAGGAGGAAGAAAAGGGUGGCGACAGCAGCAGCGAUGAGGAAGGGGAGGAAGAAGGAACUGACACGUUGUUGUUGUUGGACCCACAGCCGUUGGAUGACGAAAGGGGAGAUGCAUUGGAUCGCUUUGCCACAGCAGCACAGCAGGAGAAUGAGGAGUGGGAUAAAAACGCGGGCGAGGUGUCCGAACAAUUACAACCAAUGACGACGAAAAAGGAGAAGGCGAAGCGUCACGUACAAGAAGUGGAGAAGAAAAAUAAAACGCGGCGGCCGAUGGCUGAUUUAACGACUUCCUUUACACGUCAGCAUCAACAGCUUCUGGAAAGUUUGCUCCCUGUUGUGCUCACGACCCUGCAAGGUGAGGGAUGUGACGCAGUGGUGGGUCAUGCGUUGGACUGCAUGCUCGCUCUUGUAUCACUGCGGCCGCCGCUGCAUGCGGUGGGGGCACUCCACACAACACUGUAUGAGACCGUUACUGCCUUCUUUGAACGUGGUGGGGCAAUUAAGCAGCGUGCGAUGCGUGUGGCGGCAGCGGUGGUGGCGCAUCAGCGGUUUAUAUUGACCGAAGAAAAGGCAGCGCAACUGUUGCAACUGUGUCGCACUGAGCUUGUCGACCGUAACGAGUUUCUUCCCAUGGCGUUAUCCUUAUUUCAUGCAGUACUUGGCAAACACAUCCAUGUGGUGGAGGUGUACGAUCUCAUUGGGGUGGUGACGGAACUGAUGAUGCACACAAGUGCAAAACGUUUGUUGCGGCAACGCUGUAUAGCCGUUCUUGCGCGUUUCCUGACAGAGUAUCGCAUAACCCCAGAAAAGUUUCGUUCGCAUAUGGAUCUUUUUUGCCGCAAUCUUGACUACCCCGAGGUUACAGGACGCAUUGCGAUACUCGAGCUACUUGGUGUACUUGUCUACCGCUUGCCAACUGCCGUCCUGCGACAAGAGGCGCCGCUACUGCUCAUUCCACUUGCCGUCACACUUGCCGUCUCAGAGUUUUAUGAGGCACGACAGAAGGCCGGAGAUGUGCUGCAGAGCUUAGUGAAAAAUGCCGGUGUGGAUGUGAUUGUGCCUACACUGUCGCAGUGGCUUGCGUCAGGCCAGACACGCCCCCGCAGAGCCAUGGCGCUGCAGACAUGGGCCGUUAUGAUUCCUGCCGUUGCUGCAUCAUAUGACAUGAGCGUCGAUGAGGACGCAUGUGAGUUUGAGGCGUGUUGGUCCUGGUCACUCCAGGCGUUGCUCGAUGCGGCAACGUUUGACCAGGUGGCGACAUUUGGAACGAAGCGCAAAUAUGAAGAACUCACUGCAGCAUUUAAAAGAAAAUUGGAGCUGAAGAGUUGGACCUAUGUCUUCUUUGGUCUCCGAUGCCUGGAGGGAAUUGCGAUGGUGGCCCCUGUGCAGGUGUGGCAUAAUAUGUCCGUUGCCCCACAUCUUGUGCCUUUUCUUUCGGGCCGUCUCGUGCUGCACUCACACCCUUGGAUUCAGUCGGUGGCGUUGCGACUUUUGCGGAUGUACUGCCAUGACGGGGUGGAGAGGCGGUGCGGGUACUUGCGUGGGAUAGACUGGGUGGCUGCGGGGUAUCUUGUAGUCACCUCCAAGAAGAAUCAUAAGAAGGGGAAGAGAAGGAAAAGUGGCAUGGGUGGAAAUUUUCACGCCACGCAGCGGGCAUCGUCCCCCGUGGUCUCCCACAGUCAUGAAGAUGAUAAAGAUGAUGGAUGCAUCCCCCCGUAUGUGGUCUAUUUCCAUGAAUCACUGGGUCCGCCGGAUACAGUCCAUCGGGCGUUGAACGUCCUGGAUCAAAUGGCCGCUGCGAUGCGUACGUUGUUGCAAUUCAUCGCGCUUUCCGAUGUACCGAACGAGAAGUACAACGCCCACCGGGCCAUGCAGCAGCCGUCGAGGACAGACGCGGUGAACGUGGCCUUAUACAUCUCCCGUGCAAUGUUUGUUGUUAGCAUGGUGCUUCUCAAGGUGGCGGUCUUUUGCGCCGGUUCGGAGAUGUCGUACGUUCAGGACAUCAUUGCGCAGCACUUCACCUCUCUCCGCCACCAGCUCCACUCGUUAGUGAAGCCUCUUAUCAAAAAUGGCGGAGUGGCCAACGUGAUGGUCCGCACCACAUCUCUUGUGCAGUACUUUGGCGGUUUCCUUGCAGCUUUGCCAAUCGACGCGGAGACAGAUAACACCAUCAACGGUAGGAAGGAAGAAGAGGGCGACGACAGGAAUGAGCCGGAUGGGAAAGUGACAUCUCGAGAAGCCUCUGGUGCGACUGGCCCCGUGAAACGGGCGGUGUGUUGGCUUGCAAGGAAUGCCGUGGGGUUACGUUUUGUGCGGGACACGAUAGUCCCCACACUUACCGUGGCGAUGCACUGCGGGGAACGCUCAGAGAAACUGAGUUCGUUGGCAGCGCAGGCCUCCACGAUGGUGCGGGAGCAGCUGGAGAGACACCACGUCCACUUUGGCGGGGAUUUUAAAACAACAACAACAACAACAACAAAGAAACGGAAACGCCUGGAGAAAAACAAAACGAGGAGAGACGAGGCCAACGUUUGGGGAAAAGAGACGGCAGCGACGACCACCACCGGCGAUGUGGAUGGGGAUGCGGUUACGGUGGACGAAGUUCUCUUCACCCUGACGGCAGCGAUGACAGCCGUGAGGACCGCGCGGAAGGAGAAAACGACGAGGCGUGACACCAUUCAAACAGUCCGCAAGCGCAGUCACAGUGGCGGUGAUGACGCGACCCCUUUAAAGGCGCGACGGAGGAGAGAAAAGUAA